AUGGAUUUUGGAAACACAAUUCCGAAUAUGGGGAUGCCUCCACCGGGCAUGGGUGGUCCUAUGGGCCCACCCGGGCGAAACAAUAUUCGCCAUAAUUUUAGGCCUUUCAACUAUCAAAUGCGAUUCCCGCCUCAGGGUCCCCUAAAUAUGACUCAGGACGACUUUGAUGGUAAACGUUUACGUAAAUCUGUAAUGCGAAAAACUGUAGAUUAUAAUUCUGCUAUAAUUAAGGCCUUAGAAUGUCGAGUUUGGCAACGAGAUUGGCGGGACAGGCACGCUUUACAACCAGACGCUAUGUAUACACCUGACCUAUUACCGCCACCUUCUUAUCCUGAUAAUCCAAUAAACGCUGUUACUACGCGUUUUGUUAAGACUGCAACUAAUAAAAUGAGAUGUCCUAUUUUUGCUGUGGCAUGGACACCCGAGGGCCGCAGACUGAUAACAGGGGCCUCUUCUGGUGAAUUUACACUAUGGAAUGGGUUAACAUUUAACUUUGAAACCAUUUUACAAGCACACGACUCACCAGUUCGGUCAAUGGUUUGGUCUCACGGUGAAGGAUGGAUGGUUACUGGAGAUCACUCAGGUUUCAUUAAGUACUGGCAAAGUAACAUGAAUAAUGUGAAAAUGUAUCAAGCACAUAAAGAAGCUGUACGAGGUAUUAGUUUUAGUCCUAGUGAUGCUAAAAUAGUUACUUGUUCUGAUGAUGGCACAUUGCGCAUAUUUGACUUUUAUAGAUGUCAAGAAGAAAGAAUAUUGAGAGGGCAUGGAGCUGAUGUCAAAUGUGUGCAGUGGCACCCUACAAAAGGUUUAAUUGUAUCUGGUAGUAAAGAUAAUCAACAACCUAUAAAAUUAUGGGACCCUAAAUCAGGAACAGCUCUAUCCACUCUUCACGCUCAUAAAUCAACAGUUAUGGAUUUGAAAUGGAAUGAAAAUGGGAAUUGGUUAAUAACAGCUUCUCGAGAUCAUUUGUUAAAGUUAUUUGAUAUUCGUAAACUUGGAACAGAAUUACAAAUAUUUAGAGGUCACAAAAAGGAAGCAUCCAGUGUUGUUUGGCACCCGAACCAUGAAGGCUUAUUCUGUUCUGGUGGUUCUGAUGGGUCAAUACUGUUUUGGAAUGUUGGUACCGAUAAGGAAGUAGGAUGUAUAGAAGGUGCUCAUGAAUCAAUAGUUUGGACAAUGGCAUGGCACCCUUUGGGUCAUAUAUUGUGUUCAGGAUCCAAUGAUCAUACUUCAAAGUUUUGGACACGUAAUCGCCCAGGUGAUCAAAUGAGAGACAAGUAUAAUUUAAAUACAUUACCUCCAGGAGUGCAAGAUGAACAAGAUUUAGAACAACCAGCAGCUAUUCCUGGUAUGGGUCCCGAAGAUAAAGUUGAAAUAUUUUCUCAUGGUUCUACUGUUAAUAAGGUAAUACCUGGUUUAGAUUUAGAUACAACAUUAAUUCCAAUGGAAUUUGAAAAGAAAGUUAAGAAAUUGAAUCUGUUCCUGGUGCUGUGGAGAUGGGUAUACUGGCUGGUAUUAUUACCAUUCUGUUGGGCAAGUCAGUACGACAAUGGUGGUGAUAAAAACUCUCUAACUACAUCAGUCAUAAUCGAAAAUACUACUGUUCGUCUUGAAGCAAUUGAAGCGACACCCAAUUAUAGAUUGAUAAAAUUAGAAAAGGGUACACAAUGGUUUCCAGAAAGAGAAAUAAAACUUGAUAACUGUGUUAGAAGAGCUCAGUGUGAACCUCUCAACAAGACAACAUGUCUAGGAGUAAAACUGCCCUACAAUAAAACCAGUGUCCGCCUAACUUUUUAUGAUAGUCAGUAUAAGAUACAAAAUCAGCUGGAAUUGUACAGAGAGUUGAUAAAUGUGCCAAAAUGUUGGGCCGUCAUACAACCUCUACUUUGUGCAACAUUCAUGCCAAAUUGCGAAAGAAUACUAGAUCAAGAUAUGGUUUAUUUACCAUCAUAUGAAAUGUGCAAAAUUACGAUGGAACCGUGCGCUAUUCUGUACAAUACGUCAUACUUUCCGUCUUUUCUAAAAUGCAAUGCUACUCUAUUUCCACCGAAAUGCGAAAACGCGGCUCGAGAGAUGAAGUUUAAUACUACAGGAAAAUGUUUGUCGCCACUCAUACACACAGACAAGAAACAGCAUUUUUAUGAAGGUAUAGCGGGAUGCGGACUGCCGUGCCGCGACCCGCUGUACACGGAGGACGAGCACCAGCAGAUCCACCGGCUGGUGGCGUGGGGCGCGGGCGCGUGCCUCGCCCUCAACCUGCUCACCGUGGCCACCUUCCUCAUCGACUGGCGCAGCGCCAACAAGUACCCCGCACUCGUCAUCUUCUACAUCAACGUGUGCUUCGCUGUCGCUUCCAUGGGUUGGCUAGUGCAGUUUGGUGUGGGUUCAAGAGAUGACAUAGUCUGUUCAAAAGAUGGUACUCGAAGACAAGGCGAGCCUUCAGCUGAAGAAAAUUUAUCCUGUGUCGUCGUCUUUGUUUUGGUUUACUAUUUUAUGAUCGCUGCUUGUGUUUGGUUUGUGAUCUUUACAUAUGCGUGGCACAUGAGUUUUAGAGCAUUAGGAAAGAUUCAAGACCGAAUAGACAAGAAAGCGGCUUACUUUCAUCUCAUAGCUUGGUCUUUGCCUCUUAUACUGACCAUAACAACUAUGGCCUUUGGAGAAGUUGAUGGAAACAGUGUUACUGGAGUAUGUUUUGUGGGUUAUGUCAACCACCCCAUGAGAGCAGCUUUGCUAUUGGCGCCGCUUUCUAUUGUAUUGUUAUUAGGAGGAUACUUUUUGCUUAGAGGUGUGUUUUCACUAAUAGCGGUGCGAGUGUCAAGCAAGGAUGUGAUAUCCCCGCGAGCUGCGAACAAGAUUCGCCAGACUAUAACUCGAUGCUCGUUAACUGCAGCCUUGGUCUCCAUAUUCAUUUGUGUCACUUUCGCAUGUCAUGUGUACGAGUUUCGUAACGCUGAAUCUUGGAAAGAGGCUUUUAAGAAGAACAUUAUAUGUCGGCUAGAAGCUCGCGGCUCGGCUCGUGAGUGUGUGACGGGAGCGCGGCCGUCCGUGUCGGUGCUCCAGCUGCGCCUGCUGUGCUGCUUCGCGGCCGGCGCGCUCAUGGCCUCGUGGACCUGGACGCCGGCCGCGCUGGCCGCCUGGCGCCGCUACCUCGCCAAGAAGUGCGGCUGCUCGGUGGAGGCGGACGCGACGCGGCGCGCGCGCAAGCACGAGCUGAUCGCGCGCGCCUACCGCCGCCGCAACGAGUUCAUCACGCGCGGCCGCCUGUCCAUCUCGCUGGGCGGCUCGCGCCCCGACCCCGUGGCCUUCUGCCUCGACCACACCGCGCCCCCCGACUACCCCGACGACGGCAAGCACGAGAGCGGCUCGCUGUCGUCGUCGUGGGCGGCCAACCUGCCGCGCUUCGUGCGGCGCCGCGACGCGCUCGUGCUGCCCGCGCACCACCACUCGCUCAGCUCCACGCCCGACCGCCGGAACUCGCAGGAUUCUCAGAUAAGUAUCAGUUUACGUCACGUCUCGGUCGAAUCUCGUCGCAAUUCUCUCGAUAGUCAGUUAUCUGUCAAAAUAGCUGAAAUGAAGACCAAAGUAGGCCGUCGUCGUACCAAGCACAGUAAAGCUAAACGGAAACGAGCAACGGCACGUAAAGAGAGUACUCCGUCCAUCGAAAGUCAGAUAAGCAGAUAUUGGUUGCAAGCUGUUGCGGCGAAUAAUGACCCUUCACGUGAGGAAGUGAAGUUUAGUUUCGAUUGAUUUACGAAAUGAAAACGCCGAAUGAUAAAGUAUCAAAUCCCUCUAAAACUACUUUGUAGAAAAAAGGA